CUCCCGGUGGUGACGCUGCCGUAGCCCCGCCCUUUCCCCCGGGCGGGGCUCGUGUUGCAGCAGAACAUCCUCAGCAGCAAUCGAGGACCGGCAUCAGAGGGUCCAGGACCAGAACCGAGACCCGAAGCACCGAGACCCGAAGCACCGACCAGCAGAAUGUUUGGAGGCCCAUCAAUGCAGAUCCAGAAGGCCCGGGACCGAGUUGGCGGUCUGGGCUCGGUCCAGCAGGCCGUCCGGUCCAUGAACCAGGACUUCCAGGCCCUGAAGGAGGAGUGUCUGCAGAAUGGGUCCCUCUUCGAGGAUCCCAUGUUCCCCGCAGAACCGGCCUCUCUGGGCUUCAAAGAACUCGGACCUUUUACUGCCAAAACCAGAGGAGUGGAGUGGACGAGACCCACUGAGAUGACAGCGGACCCUCAGUUCAUUGUGGGCGGAGCCACUCGGACUGACAUCUGUCAGGGAGCUCUGGGUGACUGCUGGCUCCUGGCUGCGAUUGGUUCUCUGACUCUGAACGAACACCUGCUCCAUCGUGUUGUUCCUCACGGUCAGAGCUUCACCAACCAGUACACUGGCAUCUUCCACUUCCAGUUCUGGCAGUUUGGUGAGUGGGUGGAUGUGGUGAUCGAUGACCGGCUGCCGGUUAAAGAUGGAGAACUGAUGUUCGUCCACUCGGCUGAAGGCUCAGAGUUCUGGAGCGCCCUGCUGGAGAAGGCCUACGCCAAGCUGAACGGCUCCUAUGAAGCUCUGUCCGGAGGCUCCACCACCGAGGCAUUCGAGGACUUCACCGGCGGUGUGUCGGAGAUGUACGAGCUGAAGAACCCUCCCAGAGACCUCCACCGGAUCAUCCAGAAGGCUCUGCAGAGAGGAUCGCUGCUGGGAUGCUCCAUCGACAUCAGCAGUGCCUUCGACAUGGAGGCGGUGACCUUUAAGAAGCUGGUGAAAGGACACGCCUACUCAGUGACGGGCCUUAGACAGGUGGACUACCACGGCCGGGCGGAGCGUCUGAUCCGGAUCAGGAACCCGUGGGGCCAGGUGGAGUGGACCGGAGCCUGGAGCGAUAACUCCUCAGAGUGGAACGCUGUGGACUCUGCAGAGAAGGACGAGAUGCUGUGUAAGAUGGAGGACGGGGAGUUCUGGAUGUCCUUCCAGGAGUUCCUGCAUCAGUUCUCGCGGCUGGAGAUCUGUAACCUGACCCCGGACGCCCUGAGCCUGGACCACACCAGCUUCUGGACCACCACCAUGUUCGAGGGCAGCUGGAGGCGGGGCAGCACAGCCGGGGGCUGCAGGAACCACCCCAACACCUUCUGGAUCAACCCCCAGUAUAAGAUCUGCCUGCUGGAGAAGGAUGACGACCCCGAGGACGACGAGGCGUCCUGCAGCUUCCUGGUGGCUCUGAUGCAGAAGGACCGUCGCCGCUACCGUCGCCACGGACACGACAUGCACACCAUCGGAUUCGCCAUCUAUGAGAUUCCUGCUGAGUUCCGCGGUUCUCCCAGCGUCCACCUGAAGAAGGACUUCUUCCUGCGCCACUCGUCCUGCGCUCGGUCCGAGACCUUCAUCAACCUGCGAGAGGUGAGCGCCAGGCUCCGCCUCCCGCCCGGAGAGUACCUGAUCGUCCCGUCCACCUUCGAGCCCUCCAAGGAGGCCGACUUCGUCCUGAGGGUCUUCACCGAGAAGCAGUCGGAGACCGAGGAGAUGGAUGACUGCGUGGUGGCCAACCUGGACCAAGACGAGUACAUCUCAGAGAGCGACAUCGACGACUCCUUCAGGUCCAUGUUCUCCCAGCUAUCUGGAGACGACAUGGAGAUCUCAGUGAGAGAGCUGAGGACCAUCCUCAACAGAGUCGUCUCCAAACACAGAGACCUUCAGACGGAUGGUUUCAGUAUGGAGUCCUGCAGAAUGAUGGUCAGCCUCAUGGACAAAGACGGCAGCGCUCGACUCGGUCUGCUGGAGUUCCAUAUCCUCUGGAACAAGAUCAGGAAGUGGCUGGGAAUCUUCCGGGAGUUCGAUCUGGAUAAAUCCAGCUGCAUGAACUCCUACGAGAUGCGGCUGGCGUUGGAAAACGGCGGCCUCAAGCUUAACAGCAAACUGUACCAGAUGCUGGUGGCCCGAUACGCCGACAACGAGAUCAUCGACUUCGACAACUUCACCUGCUGCCUGGCCAAGCUGGAGGCCAUGUUCAAGGCCUUUCAGGAGCUGGACAAAGAUGCGACGGGAUCGGUGGAGAUGAACAUCGGAGAGUGGCUCUGUAUGACGAUGUGUGGUUGAACCAGUGAAGCUUCAAAGAUUGUCAACAGAACUGACGACCGACCUGCUGUUCCUCCUGCUGCAGUCCUACUACAGUACUACUACCAUAGUACUACUACUACUACAGUACUAGUACCAUACUACUACUACAGUACUACUACAGUACUAGUACCAUAGUACUGCUGCAGUACUACUACAGCUCUAGUACCAUAGUACUACUGCAGCACUACUACCAUAGUACUACUACCACAGUAUUACUACAGUACUACUACAGUACUACUACUGUACUAAUACAGUACUAGUACCAUAGUACUACUACACUACUAGUACUACAGUACUACCAUAGUACUACCAUAGUACCAUAGUAUUACCAUAGUACUGGAGUACAACCAUAGUAGUUAGUACUACUAUUGUUGGACUCCUGGUUGGACUCCAGUACUGAAGUACAGUAGUACUGUAGUAUUACUGUACUUCAGUCUUCCAGCUGCUCUGCUCCAGAACUGUAACCAUAGUAACCCUGUAUAAUCCUAUAUUCUACUGAGUACUUCCUCACAUUUACUGCAUGUUCCAGAAGUGCUGCUGUGUACAAGCACUCACAUAUAACUCCCAUAGUACUGAUAGAACCACUGAUAGAAUCACUGACGGAACCACUGACGAACCACUGACGGAACCACUGAUGGAACCUUCUGGAGCUGAACUCACCACUGUGCUUGUCUUCCGAUGAGCUUUAUUGAUUCUAUUGAGUAUUGAUUCUAUUAAUUAUUGAUUCUAUUAAUUAUUGAUUUUAUUGAUUAUUGGUUACUGAUUAUUAAUUAAUGAUUACUGAUUAUUGGUUACUGAUUAUUGGUUACUGAUUAUUGAUUACUGAUUGUUGGUUACUGAUUGGUAAAAGUGAAGCUGCUUUCAGUUCUGGUUUCAGGUUCUAGUUCUACAUCCGACCCGCUGAGGUCCACUUAAUCCUUUACUUUAGUAAUCUAUUACUAUUGAUAGUAUCCAAGUACUGAAGCUGCUGAUUGAUGAUGUUUGAGCUCAUUAAAGGAAAAAAAAUGA